AUGGAAAGGAGGAUAAAGUUAAAAACCCUCAAUAGUCAUAUAACUUGUAAGAUAUGCAGAGGGUAUUUUAUCGACGCAACAACGGUUACAGAAUGUCUUCAUACGUUCUGUAAAAGUUGCCUAGUAAAACAUCUAGAGGAGAAUAAUACUUGUCCAACAUGCAAUAUAGUUAUACAUCAGUCACAUCCACUACAGUACAUAAGCUUCGACAGAACAAUGCAAGAUAUUGUCUAUAAAUUAGUUCCGGAUCUGCAAGACAGUGAGCUCAAACGCGAACGCGAUUUCUAUCGCACCCGUGGCCUGACCUGCCCAAAGGACGCUGCCAUGAUCAACGACAAGGGUGGUGCUGGCGACGAGCCCGAGCAGCCGGACAACACUGACUGCCAUCGUAAAGAUGAGCAGGUAACUAGAAGAUUUGCUAACCGGACAAACAUGACGAAGCUCACGGAAGUAGAUGCGGCCCUCCACACGUAUUCUGGCGGACCGCAGGUGAAUGUGUGCCUCGAAUGUAAAUCUACCUCGUUGCGUACUUUAAAAAGAAGUUACAUCAGAUGCUCUGCGCAAGCUACAAUAACGCAUCUGAAGAAGUUUAUAGCUAAGAAAGUUUUAAAUGGCAUUGAAAAAUAUAGAGAAAUUGAUAUCCUGUGUAAUGAUGAGUUACUAGGCAAGGACCACACACUCAAGUUCGUGUAUGUGACGCGUUGGAGGUUUCGUGACCCGCCGCUGCGAUUGCAGUACAGACCCAAAAUAGAUUUGUGAACCCACGCCCUGGUACUCCUGAUGCAUCAGGGUGUCAGCUGAUACCCGCUACACAGUGUCAGGGUAACCUUUUCAUAAAUGAGCACGCGCCAUGGGACUUGCACUAUGUAAAAAGUGAAAUAAUAAGCUUUUCAGAACGAAACACAAUAUGAAAUAACGACGCCUUAUCUUAUUAUUAUCUUU